UGUCAAACUCCGCCAAGUCCCUGCAGAUCAGUGUCCACCGAACUCCACAUCUCCACAUAAAAGGUAAGCAUGAUGUCGUUGCUGGAAGUAUAAGUACUCCACCUUGACAACAUCUUAUAUACAAGAGUUGAUACCAGAAACAAGCCCGUUACCGUUCUCACCCAAUAUGUCUUCCAAAACGCCCCUCGACGUCGUCUUCGGCUGUAUGACCUUUGGCCGCGAAGGCGAAGAACAAGUCCGUACUUCAAGUCUAGAUGACUGCGCGGCUAUCCUAGAUACUUUCCAGUCCUACGGCCAUAGCGAAGUCGAUACCAGUCGUUUCUAUGGAGAUGGUUCAUCAGAAGAGUACCUCCAGAAGCUAGACUGGCAGAAAAGAGGCCUGACAAUGGACACAAAGUUCUUCCCUAAUGUUCCGGGUCUUUUUGGCCGUCCUCAAACACACUCCAGAUUAGAAGAUAUGCGCAAGAGCUUAGACGAGAGUCUGAUUGCUCUUGGAGGAAAGCAGGUAGAUCUGUGGUAUCUCCAUGCACCUGAUCGUACAGUACCGCUUGAGGAGACGGCCAAAGCCGUGAACGAUCUGCUCAAAGAGGGGAAAUUCAAGAGAUGGGGCGUGAGUAACUUCAUGUCUUGGGAAGUGGCUGCACUCUGUGAAAUUUGCAAAGCAAACAGAUACCAAUUGCCCAGUGUAUACCAAGGCGUGUACAAUGCCCUCCACCGCAGUAUUGAACACGAACUUCUCCCUUGUUUGCGAAGAUACAACAUGUCCUUCUACGCGUUCAAUCCGCUAGCAGGCGGAUGGUUAACCUCGCGUUACAAGCGCGAUAUGCAGGAUAGCACGAUCGAGUCUGGAAGUCGCUUCGAUCCAAACCGUAUGCAAGGAAAGAUGUACCGCGCGCGUUAUUGGAAUGACGAGUUCUUCACAGCCAUCGAGGGGUUGCGUACCGAGCUACCUAAUGGCCAAACAGAGAGCGAGACCGCGCUGAGGUGGAUGAUGCAUCAUAGCCAACUUAAGAAGGACUAUGGGGACAAGGUCAUCAUUGGAGCUAGCAGUAAGAAGCAACUGGAGAUGAAUCUCGUUGACUUUGAGAAGGGGCCAUUGGAUGAGAGCGUUGUGAAAGCAUUGGAUCAAGGUUGGGCUGGUACUCGUGGGGUGACUUGGAAGUACUUUCAUUAGAGUUGUGGAUGUGAAAUAUGGGUGAUAGGCUAGUUGACCCAAGGUUUUUGGGUAGAGAAUUUGUGUUGUGAACCACAGUUCAGUCACCACCAGUACAGUGAACCAUAGUUG